GAGUACUUUCAGUUUUACUUUCAUAUCCAAGUUAAAGAAGAAUCAAUGAACUUUCGCAAACGUCAACACAAGAGCGUAGGACGUAGAAUCUAGAUCCUAGAUUAGUAGUAGAUCUAUUCUAGUUCUAGAUCGAGAAUAGUAAAUCUAGACUAUUUCUGAUUAAGCCUACAGAGAAUAAUUUUUUUUAAAAUGAGCGUCAGCCCGAUAGUGCAGUAUGUUGUAGUUAGAGGCGACCUCAUCACAAAAUUGCAGUGGCCUAUUGGAGCUGUAAUCGCUCAAGCAUGUCACUCCUGUACAGCGGUUAUUCAUCUGUAUUACAACGAUGAUACAACAAAAGAGUAUCUUGGCGAACUAGAUAGAAUGCAUAAAAUCAUUUUAGAGGCCAAAGAUGAAGAGAGCAUUACAAAGCUAGCAGAGAAUCUAACGUCACACAAUAUUGGUCACAAGUUGUGGAUAGAACAGCCUGAAAAUACGCCAACAUGUUUAGCUGUGAAACCAUAUAGAAAAUCUGAUGUACAACAGUUUUUUAAAGCUUUCAAACUGUUAAAAUAAUCAUUUGAAGUUUUGUUAGGAAUAUAUGAAUACUAUUUAGCCUAAUCACACACACCUGUAACACUUUAAAAUUGUUAGCAAAUUGGGCUUUUUUUUUUGUUAUCUAAUGCAUUUUAACUUCACGUUGGUUGGUUGCUCUAAGAAAAGAUUUGAAUGUAGAAUAAUUUAAAAGUAUUAUUGAACUAAUCUGUAAUAAUUAAUAAACUUUAAAUAGUUGUUAAAAUACAGGAACUUUGUGCUACUAUUUGCUACUACAUUCAAACUCAGGUCCAUAAUUAGAUGGAACAUCAAAUUGUCCCCUUAAGUUGUAGAAAGUUUUAAAUAAUUUACUGUUAUCAGCCUUAUCUUAAAGUAUUUUUCAAGUGUUUUAUUUGUGUGAGUGUAUGU